AUGGGUGCACCUGUCUACGCCGGAUAUAUGCUCAGCUACGCAAACGCUGAAGCCUGGAUCAAAAAGCGUGGCUGGCAUCUAUCCGAAGACGGAUUCGUUGGCCAAUGCAUACGGCAGAACUGGGACAAGCUUGGCCCAAAGGUGUCCGGCAAAGUCGUACCAACGGACUGGCCGAAGGCCAAGUUCAAGCGGGUCUUCGACGACCACGGAGAAGUAGUGCGGCACGAACUUGUCAGAAAGGGCAACCCCAGUGUAAUGAUCGCGUGCGUGUCGUACUACGACCCGAGGGCAACCGCUUCUAGCUGUAUUUGGGUUGAGGAAAGGGAGUCCGAUCGCCAGCUGAAGGCCAUCCUAGAGGGAACGCACGGAAUAGAGUGGAAAUGGGUCAUGGUUCCUGACCCGUUCAUGCUCCUUCCGUUCGAUUUCAUCGAGGACGUCCCAGAAGAUUACUACAGGCGCGGAUCCGAGCGAAUACCCGUGAAUGUCGAGUAAACUGGGGAGGAUUGUAGACGAUAUCUGUUGCUGAAGCUUCUAGGCUUACUUUCAUGCAAUCCGAGGGUUA